CUCAUUGCUUCUCGCUCGUUCGUAUUCUCACCAAAGCUACACAAGAAAAAAGAAAAAACAAAAUCUUGCUGCUAUCUAUCUUUCUCUCUAUAAGUCCACUCCUCCUCCUAGCGAAGCCACCUUCCUCUUCUUCUUAUUACUUUGAGAUUGGUUUUUUAAGAUUUAGCCAGAGAAUUAAAAAAAAAAAAAAAGCUUCGUCUCUUGGUUCUGCUCUGAUCAACAGAGAAUUAAAAAUAAAUAAAUAAUGGAGUCUUUCUUCUCCAGAUCCACUUCCGUCGUCGCCAAAUUCAGUUUCUUGGCGUUAUGGACCGUCUUCUUGAUUUCUUCAUCUUCUUUUACUUCUACAGAAGCAUAUGAUGCGCUUGAUCCAGAAGGGAACAUUACAAUGAAAUGGGAUGUCAUGAGUUGGACUCCUGAUGGCUAUGUUGCUGUGGUUACCAUGUUCAACUUCCAGAAAUACAGACACAUUCAAACUCCAGGAUGGACAUUAGGUUGGAAAUGGGCUAAGAAGGAAGUUAUUUGGAGUAUGGUUGGAGCACAAACAACCGAACAAGGUGAUUGUUCAAAGUACAAAGGAAACAUUCCGCAUUGUUGUAAAAAAGAUCCAACGGUUGUAGAUCUGCUCCCGGGGACUCCUUAUAACCAGCAGAUUGCUAAUUGCUGCAAAGGAGGUGUCAUGAACUCAUGGGUUCAAGACCCUGCCACUGCAGCUAGCUCCUUCCAGAUCAGUGUUGGCGCGGCUGGAACCACAAACAAAACCGUUCGGGUGCCAAGAAACUUCACUCUCCUUGGACCUGGUCCAGGUUACACUUGUGGUCCAGCAAAGAUUGUGAGACCAACAAAAUUUGUCACAACGGACACACGCAGAACCACUCAAGCUAUGAUGACAUGGAACAUUACGUGCACAUACUCACAGUUCCUUGCUCAAAGAACUCCGACUUGCUGCGUUUCUUUAUCUUCUUUCUACAAUGAAACCAUUGUCGGAUGUCCAACUUGUGCUUGCGGAUGCCAAAACAACAGAACCGAAUCUGGUGCCUGCCUCGACCCGGAUACACCACACUUGGCCUCAGUUGUGUCACCGCCGACAAAGAAAGGAGUGAUAUUACCGCCGCUAGUGCAAUGCACAAGACACAUGUGCCCUAUCAGAGUGCAUUGGCACGUGAAGCAGAACUACAAAGAGUAUUGGCGAGUGAAGAUCACAAUCACAAACUUCAACUAUAGAUUGAACUACACACAAUGGAACCUCGUAGCUCAACACCCAAAUCUGGACAACAUCACUCAGAUCUUCAGCUUCAAUUACAAAUCUCUCACUCCUUACGCUGGAUUAAACGAUACAGCAAUGUUAUGGGGAGUGAAGUUCUACAAUGAUUUCUUAUCAGAAGCAGGGCCACUUGGGAAUGUUCAAUCAGAGAUAUUGUUCCGUAAAGAUCUAUCAACCUUCACAUUCGAAAAAGGUUGGGCUUUUCCUCGCAGGAUUUACUUCAAUGGAGACAAUUGUGUCAUGCCUCCUCCUGACUCUUACCCUUUUCUACCCAACGGUGGUUUCCGGCCAAAAUACUCAUUCUUCGCCGCCGUGCUUCUCCCUGUUCUUGUCUUCUUCCUCUUCUCCACUUAAUCUCAGAUUUACGGUUUUGCCACUGGGGUAUUACGGUUAGGGUUUCUACGGUGGAGUGGUACAAACGUUAUUUAUGAUUCUUUCGUGUCCUACAAACUAUAAAUCUUUUGAUACAUUUUUUUUUUUAAUAUAUAUAGUUUUCAACUUCGUUUUUUUUUUUGUCUUUUUUCCAUUUUAUAUCUUUUGUGUUCAGUAACAUUGUCGGUCGGUCCUUGUAGAAAUAUCAUAGAUAUUGUAAACUUCUUUUUCCCUAAUGUUAUAUUUUGCUUUAUGUUA